ACCACCCCCCCCCACCCCACCCCACCCCACCCAUGCCUCAUUGAAAAUUCCGUCCUCCCCCAAUCGCAUCGCGGCUCGCUCCCGGCAUAAAUUCCUCCUCCCCACGCGCCCUCCCUCUGCUCAUUCCCUCCCCCCAUCCGCCGCCUCAUCCCUUCCCUCCCGGCUGCGGAUUCGGAUUUGGGGAUUGCGGCAGCGCGCUUCCAAGGGAGAUGGGUUACAUUGGCCACCACGGCGUCGCCACGCUGCGCCGCUACAAGUACAGCGGCGUCGACCACUCGCUCGUCGCCAAGUACAUCCUCCAGCCCUUCUGGUCCCGAUUCGUCAACAUCUUCCCGCUAUGGUUCCCACCAAACAUGAUUACGCUGACAGGUUUCAUGUUUCUACUGACAUCGGCAUUCCUUGGCUUUUUAUAUUCACCUCAUCUAGAUACAGCGCCCCCCAGAUGGGUUCACCUUGCUCAUGGAUUGCUUCUCUUCCUUUAUCAGACAUUUGAUGCUGUUGAUGGAAAACAAGCAAGGCGUACCAACUCAUCAAGUCCUUUAGGCGAGCUUUUUGACCAUGGAUGUGAUGCUCUUGCCUGUGCUUUUGAGUCCUUGGCUUUUGGAAGCACGGCAAUGUGUGGAAAGGCUACCUUCUGGUUUUGGGUUAUUUCAGCUGUCCCAUUUUACUUCGCAACCUGGGAGCACUUUUUCACAAAUACACUUAUUCUUCCUAUAGUAAAUGGACCAACUGAAGGCCUUAUGCUGAUCUACUUGUGCCAUAUUUUCACCUUUUUCACAGGAGCUGAGUGGUGGGCACAGGAUUUCCAGAAGUCAAUGCCCCUACUGGGUUGGGUUCCUCUUAUUCCUGAAAUCCCUGUCUAUGACAUCGUGCUGGGUCUUAUGAUUGCUUUUGCUGUAAUCCCAACAAUUGGAUCUAACAUUCACAAUGUGUAUAAAGUCGUUGAAGCAAGGAAAGGAAGCAUGUUGUUGGCACUAGCCAUGCUCUUUCCUUUUGGUUUGCUCUUGGCUGGAGUUCUUGUCUGGUCCUACCUAUCUCCUUCAGAUAUCAUGAGAAAUCAGCCGCAUCUGCUAAUUAUUGGAACCGGUUUUGCAUUUGGCUUUCUUGUGGGAAGAAUGAUUCUUGCUCACUUAUGUGAUGAACCCAAAGGUUUGAAAACAGGGAUGUGCAUGGCCCUUGCUUAUUUUCCAUUUGCAAUUGCUAAUGCACUGACUGCCCAGCUUGAUGAUGGAAAUCCCCUUGUUGAUGAGCAGCUAGUUCUCUUAAUGUACUGCUUAUUUACAGUGGCACUGUACGUGCAUUUUGCCACAUCUGUUAUUCAUGAGAUCACCAAUGCGCUUGGGAUUCAUUGCUUCAGGAUCACUAGGAAAAGGGCAUAAUGCACAUCCAUGAGCAUCAGAGUUGCCCUGGAUCGUAAUCGAUCACAACUGGUGACUGCCAGACAAGGAACAUAUUCUUAUUUAUCUCCAUUACACGGAUGCUGAUUCCCAAAUCACACAUUUGCAUCUGCCAUUAUUGGGAUGGUGUCCCCUGAAAUUCACUUCUGCUUGAAGAACUUGCAGACAGGAAGACAGACGAGAAGAAAGUGUAUUUUCGAAACAUUUAGUAGUAUUAUGUUGUAUCUUACCCUGAGCAUGGUACUCAUGUAAUGCUCGGCAAGAAUUUUGUGGAGUAUAUUGAGCUGGUUGAUAGAUGCUGCCUCUGAUAUAUUUCGACUGUAAGACGUAUUGUUGAAACAAUGUCCAUCUUAUAUUCUUAAAAGAAGCAUCACACACUACUACUGCUGUUUGAUUGUAAGACGUAUUGUUGAAGGAAGCAUCACUUCCUUCAAGUGUGUCCAUCCUAUUUC